AUGCGAAUACUUUGGAGCUUAAGGAGGAGUUGGUGGGGAAUAUCGCGGUACUUUUGUGUAGCUUUGUUCGGUUUUGCCUUGUACACUUACACAACUGAGUACUUCUGGGUUUUGCUAUCGACUACGGAUACGUACUGGCCUCUGGCAUUGGUCACCUCCACAUCGCCCUUCGAAGUGGCAUUGGAAUAUACUCUCAGUGCCAACUCGAGCAACCUGACGAAGUGGACAAUUCUAGACACACUGGUCCUUAAAGAGGGCUCAAAAUCGGUGCAACUAAGUUACGAAGACCUUGUAAAUAUAUCCGACAAACAAUGGCGGCCCGACUUUGAUCCCAACGUUCAAAUGGUUUAUCCCCAGGCUUUCAAUAUCUCGAGCACAGUCGACCAACUUCUGCGUAACGAACCCAUCCAGGAGGCACCAAUAAAUGGACCCCGAUUUCGAUAUUUGACUCUCAGCAGGGCUGUAUGUCAUCCGCAAAGUCUUUCCAGCCACCGCUAUAACAUUGUUAUAGUGGUGAAGUCAAACAUAGCCAAUUUUAACCAAAGACAGGAGUUUCGACGAAUCUACAAUGAGUAUACCAACACCGAUGGCAGAGCACUGCUGGGACUACGAGUUGGUCUCGUCUUUUCUGUCGGUAUUCCAAGAAGUCAGCAGAACAACAUCUUCAAGCGUGGUAAACACGAACUUCGUCUGACUAUAAGCGGAGGCAAUUUUCUCAACCCCAAAGAUCUGCAUCGCAUUGCAGUUCAGUUCGAGGAGGAACAGUCAAAAUUCAAUGACCUUAUUGUGGGGGACUACGAGGAUACCUACUUAAAUCUUACUACCAAAACUCACUACUCCUUUACAUGGGCUGCCACAUUUUGUCGACGGAGAAGGCCCACCAUUCUCUUCAUUGACGAUGAUGUGCCUAUUUCAGUGAAGUAUUUGGUUCGAGUUGUACGUACUCUGCCUCGACAAAAUCGUUCAACCUUUUUCCAUGGACGCAUUACUGGCAAUACCCGUACCUUCCGUUUUGAAAACGGAGUCAGCAUACCCAAAUGGAAUGUACUCAAGACAGAGGUUCCAUGGCCAAAGUACCAAACCUACAUCAUGGGUUAUUACAUUCUAGCCAGCUUUGAGCAUGUGGAACGACUAGCUUUGGCGAUGCUCUUCACCCAAAAAUUCCCCGUGGAAGAUGCAUGGAUUGGUGUAGUGGCGUACAAGGUGCAACUACUUAUGCAUCCGGUUCGAGAACUGUUUGAUUGGAACUUAAUUCUGACCAGAAUGGAGCACAACUUAACCGCCAUCUCCCCAUGGGUCUUCAACAUUUCAAAAAUGGCUUGUCGGAGGAGUCUAAUACUGCAGGGAGUUUUGUGCGUUAGUGCUUUCAUCGUACUCAUGGAUACCUUCUUCUCGCCAGCCCACCGUGCUGAUAUGGCUAGUAGAAAUUGGAGUCUUGAAGAGCCCCUUAUUUGGCCCAUGACAGUGAGGCAGUACGGAUCCGGUUAUGAAGUUGUACUGAACUAUCAAGUCAACUCCACUAACGCAACCAGAUUCACAGUGCUGGGCCAGUUUGUCAGUAGGAGGUGGGCAAAAGGCAUGUCUCUGCGAUUUGAGGACUUGAUGCAAAUUCCCGACCACUUAUGGCGCCGUCCUGUACAUCCUCAGGUUUACAAAACCUACCCUCAAGCUAUCAACAUCAGCGACACCGUGGACCGAUUACUGAGAGACAGACCCAUUGAAGAGGCGCCAAUAAACAACGUAGUAUUUCGAUACCUCGUAGUUGGUAAAUCGGUUUGUCAUCCUGACAUUGCAGCAAGCCAAAACUACGAUGUCGUGGUGAUGGUCAAGUCCAGUGUUGCAAACUUCGAGGCACGUGAACACAUUCGGCAGGUGUUUAGAGCCAAUUCCGCACACUGGGAGCGCCUUCACCUGGGUCUACGAUUUGGCUUGGUAUUUUCAAUUGGUCUUCGAAGUAGUCGACAAAACGUCCUCCAGCGCGGUAACACAGCUUUCCAGCUCAAUUCUGAUGAAAAAACUGCAAAUCGUAUUUCUCAUUUGCUGAAAGAAGAGCUGACAAACAAUGAUGAUCUUAUAUUGGGUGAAUACGAGGACAAUUACUUUAAUCUUACACUGAAAAUGCAGUACUCGUACUCGUGGAUCGCCACAUUUUGUCGAAGAAGUCGACCUACUGUCCUAUUCCUGGAUGAUGACGGAGUGUUUGUUGGGAUGGACCUGGCCAAAACUUUGAUUAGGCUACUACCACGAGGAAAGGACCGUUUACUUCACGGAAAAAUAGUUCGUCGAGGACGCGUUUAUCGGUAUGACAGACCUGGUCUUGAAAAAUGGGGCGUUUCAAAGUCGGAGGUGCCAUGGCCCGAGUAUCCGACUUACCCCUAUGGCAUCUAUGUUCUCAUGAGCUACUCAAAUAUCCAACGUUUGGCUUUGGGCAUGUUGUUCACUAAACCCUACCACAUCGAUGAUUCGUGGUUGGGACUAGUUGCAACGAGAAUGGGCAUGCACUUCCGAAACAUCCCGCAUCUCGCCUCCAAAGUUCGACUACUGCGAGCUACAAAGGAUGCCCUUGGACCCAUUGACUGGCAAUGGAGCGCCUAA